GACUGGUAUAUCUCUGCUGCUAUAAACUGUGUUCUUUUAACGUGUGGCGGCUCAAGAUAUAUGUUGAGUUCAACAGCAUACCCAUGAGCACUUUUCUUCUUCCCUUUGUUGCUCCUGCCAUGUGCUGUCUCUGAGUUCAACUCUACAGUUAAGAACUUAAGAUGUCUAGUAACAAUGCAACAGAUUUGGAGAUUCCAAUUCCAAGCUGCUGUAAAGUUAAGGGUGUCUCUCAGUUAUCAAAUUCAGGACCAACAUCUUAAAUGGCCAUCUGAUAAUCCUAAAUUGUUUCCAGGAACUGUAUUUUGGACAAAACUUAGACACAGUUACAUAGAAAUCUUUAUUAUACAAAUUACCGAGGUGAAACUUCAAGAUGGAAAAACAACAGCAAAACCCCCUAUGAUGCAUACGCAGGUACAUCGUUCAAUAUGCUUGGAGCUUCAUAGACUCAUUGAUAGAAUUUUGCAUGUAAUUUUAGCCAUCGAAUCUGCUCGACCAAAUUGUAUGCUAGCGGUGCAGGCAUUGUGCUCAUUAAAUUUCACUUUGGCUGAAGCCAAGUCAAUUAUCAAACAUUGUUCCAAGUGCAGUAAACUCUACCUGGCAAUCACAUCGCACAAGAUACUUUCAAGAUGUCAAAAAGUAAGAAAUGCUUUUGAGUUGUAUCUGGUUCAGAUUCAAAAUGCGGUUCCGAUACCAUUGGCUGGCAAGAUAUCUGCAAUACUACAUGACCUUCGGGGUACAGAAUUUUCCCUGGAAUUUGCCGAAGACGAGGCUAGAAAAGUACUACUUUCACUGCUUGAGAAGAAUUUUCCUGAUUCAGCAUCUGUACAAAAGGAAGAACUUGAAGCUAUUCAAAUUGCAACUUCUAGAUUGGAGAUCAAAUCCCCGUUUUCUCUCUUAGUAGAGAAAGCAACUCUUAAGAAGCAACUUGAAGAAGUCAGUGAAGAAAACCUAAAGCAGAAGGAGCUUCUACAAUACCUUUUGUAUCUCUUGGUCAAACAUGGGAAAUCCAAUUGUCAGUUUCAAAAUGGAAGCCACUCCCCGAAACAUGAAUGUCAUGACCAAUCCUUAGAGCAUGAGUUGGUUGUGGAUGAAUCAAGUCAAUGACCAAACCAAAAGUUGGAGAUUUAUGAUUGUUUAGUUCUUGAGGUUGUUUUGUUUGUACUAAAUUACUCUCCAAUAUCCAUAAAAUGUGAUUUUUUUGUCCUAUUUUAGAAAUCAUUAUCCCUCAAUCCAC